GUUGAGUGCUGAAGUGCGCUCAGAGAGCAGUGCGCUCUCUCUCUCUCUCUCUCUCUCUCUCUCUCUCAGCACACUCUCUUAUACAUUACACACACAUUACAUUACGCUACACCACUGCUGGUGGACUUUGGCGUGGACUCAUCUGGCACAUGGACGAGAUGUUUCCUCUUUUUUUCUUUUAAAUGCCGUUACAGAUCUGGACUUGGGAUUUUUAUCUUGUUGUAUUUUUGCGGUUGAUUUGCAAAAUCUCGGAAACGGACAGCAUCACUUUUUUCUCCUGUCUUACACACACUUCCCACACUGUUCUCGGGUCAUUUAUAGAACCGGGAAAAGGACCGGAGACAAAAUAUAAAGAUAUCUAUACUCAAAAAAAGAAAAGAAAAAGCUCGUUUUCUUGGAGCAUCGUUUGAUUUGAUACGACAUGCGCGCGGAAAUCUUUUGAAAAUAUAUGAGCUGCUCGUGUACGUGUGUGUGAAUCCGAGAGCGUGUAUGCGCGUGCGUAACGUUGCGAUUUAACACACACGCACACACACAAAUAUAUACAUACGCACAUAUAGUGCGCGCGCGAUAGGGAGAGAGACACACACAUAUACAAACGCACGCGCGGAGUUUCACGGAGUACCCGCGUGCAGCGCGCGCGCGCCCCCGGAUUCUCGUUCUCCGUGCCCGGAAAAGGCAGUAUGAGCCCGGUGCAUGCGUGUUCCUCACCACCGGCUCUCCUGAGUCCCUAAGCGAAGGACAGAAAAGUGUGUUCUGGACACAUAGACACACAUACACAGACUUAUACAGAAAGAGAGCGAGAGAAUUCGUGAAGAAAGUCGUGCUUGGAUGUGUACUAUGCCAGAAUGGGUCCGCUAGCGUGGCUCUUCCUCUGCGGAUUAUUUCACUCUCAGGCUGGGGGAUCCCGUCUGCGGCAGGAGGACUACCCGCCCCGCAUCGUGGAGCAUCCCUCCGACCUGAUCGUGUCCAAGGGCGAACCCGCAACCCUCAACUGCAAGGCAGAGGGUCGGCCCACGCCCACCGUGGAGUGGUACAAGGAUGGCGAGAGGGUCGAAACGGACAAAGACGACUCUCGUUCGCACCGCAUGCUGCUGCCCACCGGAUCCCUCUUCUUCUUGAAGAUAGUCCACGGGCGCCGGAGCAAACCGGACGAAGGCGCGUACGUCUGCGUGGCCCGCAACUACCUCGGGGAAGCCGUGAGUCGUAACGCCUCCCUGGAAGUAGCAUUGCUGAGGGACGACUUCAGACAGAACCCCACAGACGUCGUGGUGGCGGCGGGAGAACCGGCCAUUUUGGAGUGCGUCCCACCUCGAGGUCACCCGGAGCCCACGACUUACUGGAAGAAGGACAAAGUUCGGAUCGAUGAGAAAGAUGACAGGAUUAAGAUCCGAGGAGGCAAGCUGAUGAUCACGAACACACGGAAGGGCGACGCAGGCAUGUACGUGUGCGUGGGAACCAACAUGGUGGGAGAACGAGACAGCGAGACGGCCCAGGUCACUGUUUUUGAACGGCCCACCUUCCAGCGCAGGCCGAUAAACCAGGUGGUCCUGGAGGAGGAAGCGGUGGAGUUUCGUUGUCAGGUUCAUGGAGAUCCUCAACCCUCCGUCCGCUGGAGGAAAGACGACGUGGACGUUCCUCGUGGAAGGUACGAUAUCAGGUUUGAUAAGGAGGAGCAUGUGCUGAGGAUAAAGAAGGCGUUGACGACUGACGAAGGAACCUUCACCUGUGUAGCGGAGAACCGUGUGGGUAAAGUGGAGGCCUCUGGGACUCUCACAGUGAGAGCUCGCCCUGUGGCACCACCUCAGUUCGUGAUCCGACCUCGGGACCAGAUCGUGGCUCAGGGUCGUACAGCGACGUUUCCAUGUGAGACCAAAGGGAAUCCUCAGCCUGCUGUGUUCUGGCAGAAAGAGGGCAGUCAGAACCUGCUGUUUCCCAACCAGCCGCAACAACCCAACAGCCGCUUCUCCGUCUCACCCAGUGGAGAUCUGACCAUCACGGGCGUGCAGCGAGCAGACGGAGGCUACUACAUCUGCCAGGCACUGACGGUCGCUGGCAGCAUCCUCGCCAAAGCUCAACUGGAAGUAACAGAUGUGUUGACAGACAGGCCACCUCCAAUCAUCCGGCAAGGCCCAUCCAAUCAGACCCUGGGUGUGGACAGUGUAGCUCUGUUAAAGUGCCAAGCAUCUGGAGAACCUGUUCCCACCAUCAGCUGGCUGAAGGAUGGAGUGAGUCUGCUGGGUAAAGAUCCUCGCAUGUCCCUGCAGGAGCUUGGCAGCCUUCAGAUCAAGAACAUACGGCUUUCCGAUUCUGGGAUCUACACCUGUGUGGCUGCUAGCUCAAGUGGUGAAACGUCAUGGAGCGCAUUCCUGGAAGUAAAAGAAUCUGGUGGGGUGGUGCUGAUCAAGAACAGAGAAGAGGGAGAACUGCCUGGUCCACCCUCCAAACCUCAGGUCACCGACGUCACCAAGAACAGCGUGUCUCUGACCUGGCAGCCAGGCCUGGCCGGAGGCUCGCCCAUCACUUCCUAUGUGAUCGAAGCAUUCAGCCAAUCUGUGAGUAACAGCUGGCAGACGGUAGCGGAUCAUGUUAAAACCACCCAGUUCACCGUUAAAAGCCUUCGACCCAACACCAUCUACCUGUUCAUGGUGCGUGCUGUCAACACACAGGGCCUGAGUGACCCCAGUCCCAUGUCUGAACCAGUACGAACCCAAGAUAUCAGUCCUCCAGCGAAGGGUGUAGAUCACAGGCAUGUACAGAAAGAGCUGGGCGAGGUCAUCGUCCGGCUACACAACCCCGUGGUCCUCAGCCCUACCACCAUUCAGGUCACCUGGACCGUGGACCGCCAGUCGCAGUUCAUACAGGGUUACAGAGUUUUGUACAGGCAGGUGUCGGGGCUGUCGUCUCCGGGGCCGUGGCUGACCCAGGAUGUGAAGGUUUCCUCUGAGAGGACCAUCGUGCUCUCCUCACUGAAGAAAGGCAUCGUGUACGAGGUCAAAGUUCGACCCUACUUUAACGAGUUCCAGGGAAUGGACAGUGAAUCGAAGACGGCGAGGACCACGGAAGAACCUCCCAGUGCUCCUCCGCAGCAGGUGACAGUUCUCCCAGUGGGUAAUCAGAACAGUACCUCCAUCAGCAUCUCCUGGGACCCGCCUCCUGCCGAACAUCAGAACGGCAUCAUUCAGGAGUACAGGAUCUGGUGUUUGGCAAACGAGACACGUUUCCACGUCAAUAAAACCGUAGAUGCUGCGAUUCGCUCGGUGGUGGUGGGCGGGCUGCAGGCGGGGCUGCUAUACCGGGUGGAGGUGGCUGCCAGCACCAGCGCAGGAGUCGGAGUGAAGAGCGAACCUCAUCCCAUCAUCAUCGGUAAAGACUUCCGAGAUGUGAUUGUGAGCGGAGACAAGAAUAACAGCAUCACGGAGCAGAUCACAGACGUGGUGAAGCAGCCGGCGUUCAUCGCAGGGAUUGGAGGAGCAUGCUGGGUCAUCCUCAUGGGCUUCAGCAUCUGGCUCUACUGGAGGAGGAAGAAGAGGAAAGGACUCAGUAACUACGCUGUUCAGUCGUUCACCUUCACCCCGGCAGUGACGUUCCAGCGAGUUGACGGAGGCCUGAUGAGCAACGGAAGUCGUCCCGGUAUCCUAAACGCCGGUGAGGCGAGUUAUCCUUGGCUAGCAGACUCCUGGCCGGCCAGCAGCAUGCCUGUUAACAGCAGCUCUGGAGGACCCAGUGACCUCGGGAACUUCGGACGUGGAGAUGUCAUGCCCGCGGGUCAGACAGAUAAAACCGGUACCAUGAUGUCCGACGGUGCCAUCUACAGCAGCAUCGACUUCAGCACUAAGACAGGAUUCGGCAGCGCCAGCCCGGCGUUACAGGCCACUCCGUACGCCACCACGCAGAUCCUCCACUCCAACAGCAUCCAUGAGCUGGCCGUGGAUCUGCCCGAGGCUCAGUGGAAGAGCUCGCUGCAGACCAAACAGGAAAUGACCAACCUGGGCUACUCACUGCCCGAUAAGAACUCCUGCAACAACACACUCCUUUUCAUUCCUGACUACCGAUUGGCUGAAGGAUUGUGUAAUAGAAUGCCGCACAACCAAUCACAGGAUUUCAGCACCACCAGCUCCCACAAUAGCUCCGAGCGGAGCGGCAGCCUGUCAGGUGGAAAAGGAGGGAAGAAGAAAAAGACCAAAGUAGGAGCCAAACCCACGAAGACGAAUGGCUCCAGCUGGGCAAACGUCCCUCUACCUCCUCCUCCUGUCCACCCGCUACCGGGCACCGAGCUGGAGCACUACAGCACCGAGCACCAUGAAGGAGGAGGCUAUGACAGUGAUGGGUGGGGACACCCUCUGCCCGUGCAGACCUACCUUCACCAGGGAGUGGAGGAUGAGCUGGAGGAGGAAGAGGAGCGUGUCCCGACUCCGCCUGUCCGCGGCGUGGCAUCGUCUCCUGCGGCCAUGUCCUUCGGGAAACAGUCCACGGCCACGCUGACCCCGUCCCCUCGAGACGAGACACAGCCCAUGCUGCACGCACAUCUGGACGAGCUGGCGAGGCAGUACCAGCUGGACAUGGCCAAGCAGACAUGGCACAUGCAGGGAGGCCCGUAUCCCCCUCAAGCUCCUGCUCCUCCCAUAGGCUACAUGUCCAGCACCCUCAUGUCCGACAUCGAGACAGAUCUCCCUGACGAGGAUGAGGACGAUGAGGAGGAGGAAGAGGAAGACGAAGGUUAUGAGAUGUCACCACCACCGCUCCGGGGUAUCGAACACACACCUGGAUCCAGCAUGGACAACUUAGACAGCUCGGUAACAGGCUCCAUGGUGAACGGGUGGGGCUCGGCAUCGGAGGAGGACGACCGCCCCUUUUCCAGCCACAGGUCCAGUGCGGGGAGCUCCUCCGACAGCUCCCUGUUCACCCACUGCAGCUUUGCUCGUGCACUGGCCGCGGCCGCCGAUAAGGCAGGCUACCGCCUGGAUGGCACCAGCCUCACCAAGAGAGAUCAAUGCCUGGCCCUGAGACCUCGUCCUGCCAGUCCAUUCUCUACAGAUGGCAGCACUGUGGGAACGCACAGCCUUGGCCACCAACGGGCGGCACGGCCCACCCGCAAAAACAGAGGACCAGGUACGGCUGUGCACCGCAGGGAUACUAGUGCUGAUGACCUACCUCCACCUCCAGAGCCACCUCCGUGUCAGGGCCUGCGCGUCCAGGGCCCGAGGAGCGUAGGAAACAUCAGCAGCCCUGGCGAGCGGAAGGCUUCGUCUCUGGAGAGGCAGCAUAUGGGAGGCCGUGAUGAGGUGAAGAGCUCUCUGGAAAGGCAGACUCGUACAUCUCUGGAGCGCCACAGACACGGCCAAGAAAGACUCGGCUCCAUGGAGAGAGCAGAAGAGGCCAGGAGAGCACAGAAGAACGGCCCUGCUUCAGAAGAGGUCAUGCCACCUUAUAGCAAACCAUCAUUCCCAUCUCCCGGGGGUCAUAGUUCAUCUGGAACCACAUCCUCCAAAGGAUCAACGGGUUCUCGUAAAGGAGAGGGGUCACGAGGUCAACACCAGCGCUCCAACACCGAGCAAGGCGACUCCGGAUACACCGGGACCAACGGCCAGGGACAGUACUCCGGAGAGUUAUAGUGGAACACUGUGGAUCGAAGCUGGAAUUAAAAAAAGAAGAAAAGAAAUAAGAAGAAAACGCUUUUUUGCUGCCCCGGGAAGACCCGCUCGGUGCGACAGACUGGUACGGCGCAUCAGAAGGAAGAACGGACCGUGUAGAAGGUUGAAGACGGAAACAACGCAAUGUAAAUGUGAUGUAAAGACGGACAGUCCCACCAUGUUGAUUUGAUGUUUUCUGUCCUUUUUCAAGAACAAAUGAAAUACUUUUAAAACACUUCAAUACUGACAGCCAUUCAUCCAGAGAAGAAGAAGAAGAAGAAAAAAUAAAUAAAACACAAAGAAGAAUCUUGAGAAUUUUGAGUCCUUCUGUGAACUGGGGAAAAGAAAAAAUUCCUGUAAAUAUGAAAUUCCUCAUUGAAAAAUCGUUAUUGCAUCGCUAUGCAAGCCGGAUUGCGUUCGCUCACUUUUUCACUGUUCUUUCUUUGUAAUUUAUGUGAAUUGGAAAUUUUGGAAGGCUAUAAAGAGUUCACAGAUUUCUCCAUCCAUCCAUCCAUCCAUCAAUCCAUCUAUCCAACCAUCCAAGGUUUUCUUUUAUAUUGUUGUUAUUAUGAAAGUGAUUUUCUUUUGCACUGCAAUUUUGGUGAAAAGCACAAAAAACAAACAUGGCUCCCGCUGACAUGAAGCACUGGGGCAGAGGAGAUUCUAUGAUGAGGAGAAGGAGGAGAAGUUGUACUGUAACUAGAGAAAAAGAGAAGAAGAAAAAAAAGAGACGCAUAUAGCCAUGUACAGAGAUAUUUAAGAUUAAAGUAUGCUCAUGUGUUCGGUGCAGGAUUUGUCUGUGGAGAUAAGAGGUACGAGGCAGAGUUGCACGUUUUGGGGUUGAGUUCUGACAGAACCUGAUGAUGGAGGGACGGGAAAUAUGUUUGAAGAAUAAUAAUAAUAAAAAAUACUGAGUAAACUUUCCAAAAAGUGCACCAAUACACCAGUGAGAUAAAAUAUUAUGACCACCUGACCCCUAGGCAUGAACUCUACAAGAUCUCUGAAGGUGUGCUGUGGUUUCUGGCACUGAGUCAGAUUGGAUCGGACUUGUUUUUCCAGAACGUCCCACUGAGAUCUGAGGCAUUUGUUCCUGGUCCUGGUCCUCACUGAUAGGGAAGUUGAUCAGAAGGUUGUGAGUUCAAAUCCCAGAGACAGUUUAACCAGUUUGCCACUGCUGGGCCCCUGAGCAAGGCCCCAAACCUUCAGCUGCUCAGUUAUAAUAUAGUAGCGUGGCGUGUGUCAAACUGACAUCCACGUGAAAGAACAUCUGCCCCCAUGAGCUUGUCUUCUUCCUACAGUAGUGAUGUAACAGGGCAUUUCUGACUCAUCUGAACAGAUAAACAUCUAACCCUUGCUCCAGGGUCUGGUUCUGAUGCCCAUGUGUUGGGGAUGUGGAUAAAGCAUUAGACUACUGAUCAGAAUGUUGUGAGUUUGAAUCCCAGCUCCACCAAGCUGCCACUGCUGGGCCCCUGAGCAAGGCCCUUAAUCCCUUAAUUGCUUAGUUGUAUAAAAUGGGAUAAAAAUGUAAGUCACUCUGAAUAAGGGCAUCUGCUAAAUGAUAGGAAUGUAAACGUGCACAUUGUAGGAGCCUGUGAUCAUGGACAGGUUCACCAUGGACACUCUGGUGGUCUGCAGCUUCACCCCUCUGUAUCCAGGUCUGUGUAUCCAUGAGCCUUUCUAUAGUCAGUGGUUCAUCAGUACUCACCACUGCUGACCAGGAGUAGCCGCUUGCCUUGCUGUUUCAGAGAUACUCAGAGCCAGAUGCUCAGGUCUGUACACCUGGAUCCAACACUUCUACUGUCUAGUUAUGGUUUACUUCACCCCAGACUUUUACAUGAAGUGAAGGUGGUCAUAGUUUUUUAUCUCAGUGGUGUUUCAUAACAAGUGGAUUUGUGUCACAUAACACUCCUUCUUCACUAUGUGCUUGUCUCUCUCUCUCUCUCUCUCUCUCUCUCUGUCUCUCUCUCUCUCUCUCUCUGUCUCUCUCUCUCUCUCUCUCUCUCUCAUUUCUAUUCUUUCAGCCUUUCUGUCUCUCAAUAUCUAUCUGUCUCACUGUCUAUUCUUUCUGUCUCACUCUCUCUCUUUUCUUUCUAUUCUUUCAGCCUUUCUCUCUCUCUCUCUCUCUCUCUCUCUCUCUCUCUAUCUGAGACAUCAAGCUGACAGUGUUGAAGCUGAUCGCGUCAUAAGUUGUCAUGCUAGCUAUUUAUGAUCACAACAUCCUCCGAUUUGUUUGUUUGUUCUUUCCUCCUCUGAAAGACGGAUCAGUAAGCACUUAAAACACGAGCGAUUUUAAAAGCCAUAUGAACAAAAAUAGCGUGUAUGUUUCUUCUGAAAUCGUACACAUCUCCUGUUUUAGUGCUUUCUCUAAACAAAGCGCUGGCCUGUUGAGCGUCAUGAAGAGCCUGUCUCUGUGGCGCCACAGCUGGAGAGUCGCUUGCAACCAUCUUUUGUGUGGAUUUAUUUUUUAUUUUGUUUCUAGUGUACAUGUUGAAACACUAAUUUAUUACACGUUAGUCUUACAAACGAACUGCGAUUUAAAAAAAUAAAAUAACUCCAUUCGAGACGCUGACUUUUAGAAUUGAACAAUAUUUAUUCCUUCAUUUUAGUUUUAAAGCACUUAUUAUUAUUAUUAUUAUUAUUAUUAUUAUUAUUAUUAUUAUUAUUAUUAUUUACUUAUUUUUUUUAACUUUAUUUUCUAAUUUACACGAAGAUAACGAUUCCGAAGACCGAAUUCCAGCUGCGUCUUUAUCUAUGCAGAGAAUCGUCCUCGAAGGCGCGUGCACGCGGAUCGGUGACUCGUGGGUCCGCAAUUAACGUUACGUAACGUAACACUUUAGCAUGCUUGCACGUUCGCUAACAGCGUACAGUAUAGAUCCUACGAGAUCACGAUCACGAUGAUGUUAAUUAAUCUCUGAAGCACGUGCCGGCGGAUCUAAUGGCCAAUCUCUCACUGCCGACUGACCGCGCGGCAUUUCCAAAAAUUAUUUUUUUUUUAAAUUAUUUCCUUUUUGUGUGUUAUCUCUGGAAUUAAUUUAUGUAAAUUGUAAAAAAAAUAAAUAUUAAUUAAUUAAUUAAUUAAUUAAAAAAGCUGUUUUGGAGAGUAAUCUGGUACAAUGACUGUUUAGGGUUUUUUUUUUUUUUUAAUUUUUAAAAAAAAAUU